AUGUCGUCUUCGAAUCCUAACCCUAAAAGAGUCCCAAUUCUUGAUAGUUUUCCCAAUGCUCCUGCUAGAUAUAGAAGAGGUAGAGAAGGUGUGCUUCGUGGUACAGGGUCGGUUCGUGGUGGUACCUCUGGUUCCAUCAUUCCUUCUUCUAGUUCCGGCAAUAUCUCUAGAGGCUCUCUUUCUAACAAGUCUUCUUCUAAAGGCAAAGAAACUUCUGAGUCUAACCAAGAGCCUCUGGUUGAAGAAAUUGUGCCAACGGAUUUAUCCUUCGAACAUGACAAAGAAUCCCUUCGUGACCAAAUUGUUCGAAGAGAUUGCCGUUGGAGAGGAUUUGCUGUUCGAGGGAUGUCGGCUGAAGUAGCUAUCACCCUUCGAGCUUCUUCCAAUACCCCUCUUGCUUUGGAAAGAACACAAGCUACGCUGUCAAAGAGAAAAGUGGUUGAAGAGGAUUCUGACGUUGAUGAAGAUGAAGAUGAAGAUACCUCUUUGACAGCUCGUCCUAAAACCAGGAGACGCAUUGUUUCUGAGGAUGAAACUGAAGUCUCUCCCGCUCGUGUCUCUGAACCUGUUACUAUUACCUCCGAUGAAGAAACUAUUCCACGGGACUCCCCUGAAUCCACUCGUCGCCUCUUUAUUGAGGGCUUCGAAAGUGGUGAAUUAGGUCCGGUUUUAGAUGAAAUCCCUCUUUCAUCUUCCGUUCCUGUUCUUUCCGUUCCUCCUCCUUUAAUUUCAAGUGUUUCCUUACCUACUUUGUCUAUUUCUGCUCCCUUACCUGCCUCAACUCCUUCGACUACUACUAUUUUCACCUCUUCUACCGUUCCUCCUUCAAUAGUUCCCUCUUCCUCUGCUCAUUAUGCAGAAGAGGGUUCUAGUAGCAGAAGCAUGGCUAUGAGGAGUGCCAACCUUAUCGGUACAGAGUUGAUGAACAGAAUUUCCUUACUAGAGAAGGUGGCACGUGACUCUGAAAAGGCUGUUCUUGAUUCAGAGAAGGAAGCUCGUGACUCUCAGUUGGAAGCAGCUAACUGGAAGAGCCAAUUUGAUAGUGCCCAAAUAACAAUAGAGGAUUUACAAGAGAAGCUUGCGAUUGUAAAAGCUUCUUCGAGUCAAACUGAGAAAGAAAGAGAGUGUCUCGAGUCUUCUUUUUCAGAACAGUUAUCUAAAUCAAGUGAAGAAAUCAGAGAGCUGAAGGUAUUAUUGAGCAAGAAAGAGGAGUACGCGGGAGAGCUAGUUCAAAACUUGUCUCAGGCUCAGGCUGACUUGCAAAUUUUCUCUGAUAAGGUUCGUGCCUUAGAGAAUUCUCGUGCUUCCCUUAAAGCUACCCUUGAUUCCACUUUUGCUGAAAAUCAAAUGUUAAAAAAUGAUCUUGCCUCGUGGGAAAAGGAUCAUGAGCUUCUUGAGGAGACUUUUAACACAGAGGUGAGCUGGGCCUUUUUAAACUCCCCCCGUGAUGCCUUAACUGAAGCCAGUCAAGAAAACUUUGAUUUAGAAUCAGAAUUGGCUAAAGUUUUGAAAACCAUUGCAAUGACUCAACAACCCCUUGACUUUCCUUCACCAGUAGAUGAAACUCCCGUGGCUGAGGAACCUUUAAAUGAAGGAGCCGCUUCUGUUGAAGUUGAAAAUGUUACAAUUCCAGCUCCCGAGGGUGAAACUUCACUGAUACAAUCCGUGGAAGAUGAAGUACCCGUGACUCUUGCUUCCCUCGGUGACUUUAAAACUUCAAGCCCAACUGCCUCUACUUCCUCAGAAAUUGCUAUCGUGCCUACAGCUGCUUCUGAAAGUGAGAUCGACAUUGCAACUUCAGAAGUUCCAGCCCCUUCAGUGACAAGUUGA